AUGGCGUCGAACAACCCACGCAAGGCCGAAGAGGCAGCGUCAUCAUCGCCGCCGUCCAUAGUGUCUCCCGCCGAGCCUGCUGAAGAGUACGAAGAAGAAUCCAAAACCAGCACCCCACCCAUUGCCGCCACCGCCGCACCAUCACCACCACAGCCGUCGGAACUCGAAUCUGCCCUCCGCAAGCUCGAGUCCAACACCAACCACAACUAUUCCUAUCCGCUCUGGCGCAAAUGCCUCAUCGUCUUCGUGACCUCGUGGGUGACGCUGGCCGCCACCUUCAGCUCGACCUCGCUCUUCUCGGCCGCCAACGAGGUGGCCAGCACCUUUGACGUGAGCACCGCCGACAUCAACGUCGCCAACGCCGGCGUGCUCCUGGCCAUGGGCUUCUCGACCUUCAUCUGGGGCCCCAUCGGGACCAUCGUCGGGCGCAAGGUCUCGUACAACAUGUGCAUCGUCAUGCUUUUCUUCUUCACCAUCGGCACCGCCUUGGCGCCCAACUUCCAGACCUUUGUCGCCAUGCGCGUGCUGUCCGGUCUGUCUGGCACCUACUUCCAUGUCUCCGGCCAGGUCAUCCUGGCCGAGUAUUUCCCUCCUGUCCAACGCGGCACAGCAACCGGCUUCUUCCUCGCGGGCACCGUCCUCGGCCCGCCCCUGGGCCCCCUCGUCGCAGGCAUCAUGGUGACGUACAAGUCCUGGCGCACCAUCCUCUGGCUGCAAGCCGCCAUGUGCGGCUCCGGGCUGAUCCUCUCGCUCGCCGGCAUCCCGUACAGCGCCACGCUCGACGCCCCGGGCUACGGCACCAUGACGGUCGCGCAGAUGCUCCGGGCCUUCGACCCUUCCAACGUGCUCUCGCUCUUCGCCCACCCAAACAUCCUCUUCACCGACGUCGCCUGCGGCCUGCUGAGCUGGUCGCAGUACAGCCUGCUCUCGGCCCCGCGCCACAUCAUCGUCACCCGCUUCGGCCUGACGUCGCCGCUCGUCGCCGGCCUCUUCUACCUCUCGCCCGCCGCCGGCUUCCUGACCGGCACCAUGAUCGGCGGCCGCUUCUCCGACCACACGGUGCGCAAAUGGAUACGGCGGCGCGACGGCGUGCGCGUGCCGCAGGACCGUCUCAACGCCGGCAUGGUCUCCUUCUUCUUCGUCGUGCCCGCUGCCAGCUUGAUCUACGGUUGGUGCCUGCAGUUCGAAAAAGGCGGCUUGCCGUUGCCCAUUGUCUUGGCUUUCUUCACCGCUGCCGGUUUGUUGGCGGCCUUUGCCAGCUUGAACACGUAUUGCGCGGAAGUCAUGCCGAGGCGGCGCAUGAACGUGAUCGCGAGUGCGGCCUUUGUGCUCACGGGUGGCCUUCUCACGCUUGUGACGGCCAAAUAUGGACUGCAAAUGCAGAAUUGGAUGGAGAAACGACUGUGGAAGAAAACAAACGUACAGUCAGAAGUAGCUGGCUCGUGA